AUGACUCACGGUUCGCGACCUAGAAGUACGCUUCUGCGCGAGCGGAAGCGUCCUUUGCAGCCCUCAAGACAGCCCUCGCGUUCACAGCAGCCUGUCCCUCCUGCGAACCCACAACGGAAUCAAUGGCAACAGAUACCGCAGGUUCUACAGCACCCAUCCACAAUUUUGUGUCCGUGGAGACUGUGGGAGUCGGUGGCUGUGAACGUCUUCAACAUACCGAGGGAAGCGGACACAUACUGUCUUUGGCAAGCGUUCAGCAAAGAGGGACAUGUGUUUUCGAUAGACAUCUUUGAAGACUUUCAUGGAAAUAGAGAAUCCAGGGGAAAGAUUCGCUUCAAACCACCCCCUCAGAAAGAUUUCUGGUGCCAUGGAACGUAUCCCAUCACACUCUCAGAUGGGAAGACCGCAUUCGUCUCAAUUAGCCUCGGCCCCAAGCGGCCAGAUGUUCAGAUUCAAAGUCCUGUUCGUCCUAAUACGAUGUAUCCUGCUGAGAUGAAACUACCUAUAGCAUCAAUGGACAUAGGCGUUCUCGUCAGCGAGACAUCCAUGCUUCCAAUGCGUACCGUCGGAAAUGCAAGAAAUGAGCGGGCUCUUUUGGUCAUUGACCUGAAGCGUAGAGACCUCUUCGUUCACUUCCAGUUGCCCAUCUUCAACAACAAGCCAAAAUCAGCUUCAACAGGCGAGACUUACAACCAGUAUCGCCUCAGGAUUCCAUUCGUGCAACUCGUGAACAUGUACCAAAUGCAGGACCGGAAAUCGGGUAAAGUCUCACAUCUGACAUUCUUGGAUUCGCCUGCCAUCUAUCAUCGACGUAUUCAAGAAACCUGGGUCACUUUCAAUGAUGACAUAUCUUGGAGAGAAUCAGAUUCUUGGUAUCGGCAGACUUCCGUGGUGCACAACCCAGACGAGCUAUCUACUCUACCCGUGAGCUUAAAGCGGUCGAAACCAGUGAUCGAUAUUGGCCGCUGGAACACGUUCAGAAUAACAUAUCCCGAAACUCUCAGCAAGAAGGAUGAGGAAAGAUUUGAAUUGUUCUGCAACAUGUUGAAAGACUACAAUAUCGCCAUUGAGAAUACUACCCGGUUCUCAGUAUUGGACCAGAUGCAGGAAAGACCUCCACCAAUUUGGAGAUGGAUUGACUUCGCAGACUUACAAGCCUCCAAGAAGAUAGUAUCUUCCGUGGAAGAAUUAGGAGACGAAUCUUAUGUUCAUCUGCCUUUCCCUGUGCGGUACCAGCUCGAGGUCUGUCUAUCCCACAAUUACCUUUCUGAGUUUACCAUGACCCGCGAAUUCGCGGUCAAAUUGCUCGAGCUAGGGGAAUCCGAAGCGGUUAAGCUUCUGGAAUAUGUGGCUACCAAGAAAGAAGUCUAUCAUGACCCGAUGAAAAUCUUCGAUCUCAAGUUCGUCAAAGGUUCAACUCGGGCUAAGAUACCCUCUUACUGUUGCUACAUGCGCUCAGCCAGAAUUACACCUACCACAAUCUACUAUAAUACUCCAGCUGUUGAUAUCUCGAAUCGUGUGAUCCGGUAUUAUAUCGAGUACGCUGAUCGCUUUCUUCGUGUUCGAUUCACGGACGAAAAGCUACUCGGCCGCAUCAAUUCAACCGUUGACAACACAAUGGACGAGGUGUUUACUCGCAUUAAGAGAGCAUUGGCGAAUGGUAUCGUAAUUGGCGACAGGCGCUAUGAGUUUCUGGCUUUCGGUAACUCGCAGUUUCGAGAGCAUGGAGCAUAUUUCUUUGCUCCUCUGCCCAACUUGACGGCUGCGAAUAUCCGAGCCUGGAUGGGCACAUUCAACGACAUACGCAACGUUGCUAAGCAUGCUGCAAGGCUGGGGCAGUGCUUCUCAACCACCCGAGCUAUAGCUGGCUGCCCGGUACAGAUCCGUUUGAUAGAUGACGUUGUCCGAAACGGAUACACCUUUUCAGACGGUGUGGGACGAAUUUCAAAGUUCCUGGCGCAGAUGGCAACUUCAGAGCUCAAGAUCAAAACACCAAGUGACGACCCACCGUCGGCGUUCCAGUUUCGUCUGGGAGGCUGCAAAGGAAUGCUAACAGUUUCUCCCGAGGCCCAACGUCAAGAGGUGCACAUCCGCAAGAGUCAAUACAAAUUUGCAGCGGUUCACAACGGCUUGGAGAUUAUCCGCUGGUCUCAGUUCUCCAUGGCAACUCUGAAUCGACAGUUGAUUAUCGUUCUUUCCUCUCUAGGCAUUCAGGAUCGAAUCUUUCAUGAGAAGCUCAGAGCAAUGCUACAUAGUCUGAACGAAGCAAUGGAGAGCGAUUCUCAGGCUCUGUGCUGGUUGAAGAAGUAUGUGGACCCCAAUCAGAUGACACUUGUUGUCAGUCAGAUGGUCCUCGAUGGAUUUAGGAGUUCCAGAGAACCGUUCGUCACGUCCACAAUGAGGCUCUGGAAGGCCUGGCAUCUCAAGGGCUACUCUGAAAGGGUCCCUGCCAAGGGCGCAUCUGAUGAAGAGAAGCUAGCCGCGUUACCCGAGAUCUUCGUCCAGGUUCAUCGCCCUGACACUGGGAAGUGCGAAGUCAUUGAGGGAGUCUGUAUCCUUGCUCGCAACCCGUCUCUACAUCCUGGUGACAUCCGGGUAGUUAGAGCCGUCAAUGUUCCUCAAUUGAGUCAUUUGAAGGAUGUCGUCGUCUUCCCACAGAUCGGGGAUAGAGACAUUCCCAGCAUGUGCUCCGGUGGAGAUCUAGACGGGGAUGAUUACCUUGUGAUUUGGGAUCAAGAUCUUGUUCCCGAAGAUUGGUUCCGCAAGCCUAUGAAGUACACAAGCGACAAAGCCCAAGAUCUCGAUCAGGAUGUCACGGUGAACCACAUCACCUCUUUCUUCGUCUUAUACAUGAAGAACGAUUUCCUUCCUAGGAUCGCCCACGCUCAUCUUGCCUGGGCAGAUCGUCUCGAGGACGGUGUCAACGAAGAAAAGUGCAUACGACUAGCCCAGCUUCACUCCGACGCGGUCGACUACAACAAAACGGGCAAGCCAGCGAACAUGACACGCAACCUUCAGCCAAAGAUGUGGCCUCACUUCAUGGAGAAGAAGCACAAGCCAAAGGAAAGGAUCUAUAAGUCCAAUAAGAUCCUCGGGCAACUCUACGACGCCGUGGAGCGUAUCGACUUUGUUCCUAGCCUUGAAAUGCCCUUUGACGAACGAAUCUUGGCAUGCAGCCUGGGAGUCAGCGAUGAUCUUAUGCAAUUUGCUCGGGACCUCAAGGCUGACUACGACGCAGCCAUGCAUCGUAUCAUGGCGCAGCAUGAGAUCAAAACGGAGUUCGAGGUUUGGUCUACCUUUGUGCUAAGUCACAGCAAUAUGAGCAAGGACUACAAGUUUCAUGAAGAGUUGGGACUGAUAUCAUCGUCCCUCCGCGACAUGUACCGGAAGAAGUGCUAUGGGAAAGUCGGCGGUCGCAGCUUUGAGCUGCUUGCUCCUCUGGCAGUUGCAAUGUAUCGUGUCACCCACGAGGAAAUGACUUCUGCGCUUGAAAAGUAUCGCGCUGAAAAUCCUCCCGACGGAAAGCUUUUCCGUAAGCCGACACCUAAACUCGAUCAGCUGCCUUUUAUCAGCUUCCCUUGGAUUCUGCACAAUAUCCUGGGUAAGAUUGCCUUAGGUCACUAUGAAGAACCUCAGUCAGAUCCAGCACCCACUGUGCGCGCACUUACAACCGCAAGCGUGGAUCCUCUCGAUCCUGUCCCUGGUCAAGUCGUUUCUGUCCACGAAGAAAACCGCAACGGGACCGAGCGCACGCAAGACUCUCUCAAGAGCAUCUACGAGGAUCCCUUUGGUCUCUUCGAGGGCGAUCAGGAACCCAGACGGUCAUCACAGCCAAGUAGAGAGGCAGAGAUAUCCGCAACUCAGAAUAGACGCGAGAGCAUCCUAUCUCUCGACCAGCUGCUUGAUUUCGGGCUUGUAGAACUCGGCUUCCCCCUUCCCUCCGACCAGUUGCAUUCGAGUGCGCCAGCCACGGAUGCCUCCAGCUUGUUGGAACUCAAUGACAACCCGGCACUCAACAAUCCCGCUGAGGUUAAGGGAGCGGAAACUGAUUCGGAGAGACAGACGAGCGCGGUCAGCGGCAGCACGAGCAUCAAGGGCAGAUGCAUUGACAUCGUGGAGGAAGACGACGACGUCAAGCCAUCUGCGCUCGACAUGCUCUACCAGAUAUUGGACAGUUAGUACGACCGUGAGGCCCGUCCGCGAGCAAUUUUGGUGUCACUUAGCCUAGACGCUUUGGUCCGCUCUCCGGGCCUCAUCGUCGAGAUACUACUUACUUUGUUGCCAUCAAUCAGCUCCUAUAGUGCCAGCGUUUUCUGCUU